UGCGGCCACACUGAACGGUACACCCACCACUGACUGACUGAAAAGAAAAAAAAAAGAUUGCGACAAAAUCAUUUCCAAGCAAAAUGUCUCGACAAGCCUCCCGAUUAGACGCAAAGAAAGUGAACUCGGAGUUCCUCACGCUCACCUAUGGCGCCUUGGUCACCCAGAUGCUGCGCGACUUUGAGAACGUGGACGAUGUGAACAAACAGCUGGAGCGCAUCGGCUACAACAUGGGCAUGCGUCUAAUCGAGGACUUUCUGGCUCGCACCUCAUCACCCCGCUGCCUGGAGCUGCGUGAGACAGCGGAUCGCAUUCAACAGGCGUUCCGCAUCUACUUGAAUGUGCAGCCCACAAUCUCAAAUUGGUCGCCAGCCUCCGAUGAAUUCUCGCUGCUCUUCGACUCCAAUCCGUUGACAGAGUUCGUUGAGCUGCCCGCAGAUUUGGCGAAUUUACGCUACAGCGCCAUACUCAGUGGCUGCAUACGUGGUGCUCUCGAAAUGGUUCAGCUGGAGGUGCAAUGUUGGUUUGUCCAGGAUCAGCUGAAGGGCGACAAUGUGACGGAGUUGCGUGUUAAGUUCGUGCGACGUCUAGAGGAAGCCAUACCAGCUGGCGAGGAUUAGAACGAGAAGACAAAGAGAAGAGAUAGUUUGUUUUUUUUAAAUGUUGUUCGUGAUGUUAGGGCGUACAAAACAAAUUGUGAGAAAGAAAAACCAAAAAAAAUAA